UAUUUUCAGGAAAUAAAGUCAAGUGAACUCUGAAGUAUUAGUAAUUAAGAGGUUGUUGUGGAUAAAGUUAUACACAGUCUAUCAUAUACUGGUUUAUAUCCUUAAUAAAUUCUUGGAUAUUAUACAUGAAAGGAGACCGCUUGUAAAAGCCUCUUUUUGAAAAUAGAAGACUGGUUGUCUAGCAACUGAUGUAGAGCCUCAAUUCAGAUUACGAGACUGGUUAUCUGGCAGACUGGGGUGCACAUUAGGAUGUGCUCAGAUUAUGGGGGGUAACCAGUCUACUCGUGGUGUUCCAUUUGAUGCUUCAGGUGAAGUGAAUUUUGACCACUUCCUGAUAUUGAGAGCUAUUGGUAAAGGGAGCUUUGGGAAGGUGUGUAUAGUACAGAAGCGGGAUUCAAAGAAGAUGUAUGCAAUGAAAUACACAAAUAAAGCUAUGUGUGUGAAGAAUGAAGCUGUUAGAAAUGUUCUAAAAGAAGUGGAAAUACUAACCAAUCUAGACCAUCCAUUCCUUGUAAAUCUCUGGUUCACAUUUCAGGAUGAAGAAGAUAUGUUUAUGGUCGUUGAUUUACUGCUGGGUGGAGAUCUACGUUAUCAUAUACAACAGGAGAAUCAGUUUAACGAGGACCGAGUCAAGUUAUAUAUCGCAGAGAUAGCAUUGGCUUUAGAUUACCUACAGUCCAAACAUAUUAUACACAGGGAUAUAAAGCCAGACAAUAUACUGCUUGAUGAAGAUGGUCAUGUCCAUAUAACAGACUUUAACAUUGCUACGGUGAUCAGUGAUGGACAGUUAGCCACGUCAAUGUCGGGAACAAAGCCAUAUAUGGCUCCAGAAAUGUAUGCCUGUGCCUUAGAGGAAUGUGCCGGUUACUCGUAUGCUGUUGAUUGGUGGUCUCUGGGAAUUUGUGCCUAUGAAAUGCUCAGAGGAAGGAGACCAUAUGAGAUACACUCCAGCACUACUGCUCAAGAGGCAAAGCAUCUUUUCACAAGUUCACGGCCAUGCUCAUCUGCUGUGUGGGAAGAAUGUAUCCGAGGAUUGCUCAAACAGUUGCUGCAUUUAGAUCCAGAAAAGAGGAUAUCUACACUGUCUGCUCUAAAAGAAAAUAAGUACAUGGAGGAUAUAGAUUUUGCCAAGGUCCUGCAGAGGCAAAUUAAACCUUCAUUUGUGCCUUCAAAAGAUCAUUUGAAUUGUGACCCUACAUAUGAACUAGAAGAGAUGAUUAUAGAGGCCAAUCCCCUGCACAAGAAAAAGAAACGCCUAGCCAAACAGAGCUCUAGACGGUCUGACGGACAAGUGAAUUCUCAGGACAUAAAUGACGAGGAGAAGGCUAUAGAAUUAGCAUUUGCUGACUUCAAGGCUUUCAACAGGGAAAGAGAGACGGGAGAGAAACGACGUCUCCACAUGACGACCAGUGACUCGGCUUUAGCUCAACAUAAGAUUUCUGAUGCUGAUGUAGAUAAAGAUAUUAAGAAAAAAGCUCUAAGUAAAGCCAAUAGUGAAUCUACGACUCAAUAUUUAAGAGUGCAGGAUAAAACUUGAUGUGGGGCCAAUGUUUUAUUAACUUUUAUCUAAUUUAUAUUUGAAUGUGAUAAUUAUUGAAUAAUUAUGCUCUCUUUGUUUAGUCAGGAUAUAAUAAUUUUGUUAUAUUACCAUAAUC